GGAGCACAGGAGCGCAGACAGAGGACAGCCUGCUUUACUUUAGCUCUAUGUGCCUGAAUUAACCCUUCAUCCUGAUCCACACAUCCCACUGUCUGGUGGGACCAUGUGGGUUCUGGAUAAGAUCCGUGGCUCGGUGGAGACCGGCAUGUUGAGACAAGGUGACAGUGACAAGAAAAUGGUGGCCUCACCCUACAGCAAUGUGCUCACACCCGAUAAGAUUCCAGACUUCUUUAUCCCACCGAAACUGGUCAGCUACCCCCCAGAGCCCGAGGUUCCAAGCUUAAAGCCCAAAGAGGGGCUCCAUCCAUCCACUUCUGAGCAAACCCUCGGCAGCAACAGGAAGAUCAGCAGCCCAAGAAGCCCCCGUCUGAUGGCCAAGCUUGCAGGAGACACGAAGAACUUGCUAAAAGCAGCAAACCGCCACAUCAUCCAGAUAGAGAGUGCAGAUGAUGUUGUUGCUGGAGACACAAAUGCAGAUCCCCAGUCACAGACGGCUAUGUCCCUGCCUUAUGUUCCCAAGACUCAGACAUCAUAUGGGUUUGCAACGCUGAAAGAAAGCCCCCACACUCGGCGGAAGGAGUCCCUGUUCCACUGUGAGCUCACCAGCCCCAUCACGUCUCCAAACGCGCAGAGGAAGGCGCCAAGAAAAGGCGGCGACGCAGGAAACCACCUGAACCCUGCUGACUGCAACACCUCUCACAUGAACCCGUAUCGUUACUUCAGCGGUGGAGAAAGCGACACCUGCUCCUCAGCGGAGUCCUCUCCCUUCAGCUCCCCGCUGCUCUCCCGCUCCGCGUCCCUGCUCAAGCUCUUCACCCAUGAGACGCAGGCCAAGGUCGUGAAGGCCAAGCGGUCGUUCGCUCGCCACAGCUCCCUCUCCACCGACGAGUGCAGCUCGGCUGAGCCAAGCCCCAACAUCCAGCGGCGGCUUCACAUCCCCUCGCUCCAUAGCGGCGCAGGCGCCUCAGAGCCUGGCCUCCAGCGGGAGCACACCAUCAACCUGCACAAAGGUGGGACUGUGAGGAUCAGCGCCAACUACGACUCCAGCACAUCCCGCCUGUUCAUCCGUGUCCUGGCGGCAGAAAGUCUUUAUGACAAGAACUUCAACAUCAAAAGCAUCAACUGCUGCGUGUCGGUGUACCUGAACCCUGGCAAGCUGCAGAAGCAGAGAAGCAACAUUAUCAAGAACAGCCGCAACCCGGUCUUCAACGAGGACUUCUUCUUUGACUCCAUCAGCUCCGUUCAAGCGAAGAAGCUCUCGGUCAAGUUUAAGGUGGUGAACAAAGGCACCAGCCUGAAGAGGGACAUGCUGCUGGGCGAGAGGGAGGUGCCCCUGACAAAGCUGCUGUCAGGACUCUAA